AUGGAUGUAGUAGGUGAAAAUGAGGCCCUGCAGCAGUUUUUUGAAGCUCAGGGGCCCAAUGGCACUCUGGAGAACCCAGCCCUGGACACGAGUCUGCUGGAAGAGUUCUUGGGCAAUGACUUUGAUUUGGGGGCCUUGCAACGCCAGCUCCCAGAUACCCCACCCUAUUCUGCAUCAGACCCCUGCUCUCCUCCGCAGGUCAAAGGCGCGUGCUCCUGGACCCUGAGGCCUGCAGUUGUGCAGAAUCGAGCUACCUUCCUCCACUCAGGAGCUGCAGCUGCCCCUGGGAUGCUGCCUGCGCACCCGAGCACGUCUGCAAGGAGCGACUCCUGCCGAACCCCGGGCAGCUUUCACAACUGCUACCCAAACACGGGUCAUCCAGCUCAGGACCAAUCCGGGUCUUCCCAUCUGGGGACAAGUUGUUCUCACCAUCAGCAGCUGCUGUUGUGCCACGUCUCCGGAGCCUCGUUGCCUCCAGCCAAGAAGAGAAAGUACACACAGAUAUUGGAUGACUCAGAGGACUGCAGAGUGUGGGCCCACCACUCCAGACCAUUGACAGGUAGGAGUCACAACAAUGAAGUACAGGACCUUGACGGCGAGGGACAAAAUGGGAUGCCUGUAGACCAGUGCUCUCCUUCCCUGAAGUGGCAGCCAUACCAAAGUGUUCCUUGGCAUAGUUUAUUAAACAGUCAUUAUGAAAAACUACCUGAUGUGGGCUAUCAAGUUGUCACAGACAAAGGAUUUAAUUUCUCGCCAGCAGAUGAAGCUUUUGUUUGCCAAAAGAAGAACCAUUUUCAGAUAACCAUUCACAUCCAAGUUUGGGGAAGUCCAAAAUUUGUUAAAACCCAAGUGGGCCUAAAGCCAAUAGAAAUGUUUUACUUGAAAGCUUUUGGAAUUAAGGUUGAAGCCACCAAUCAAAUAAUUGCUAUUGAACAGUCCCAAGCAGAUAGGAGCAAAAAGAUUUUCAAUCCUGUUAAAAUUGACCUACUGGCUGACCAGGUCACUAAAGUAACGCUGGGACGUUUACACUUCAGUGAAACCACGGCAAACAACAUGAGAAAGAAGGGGAAGCCAAAUCCUGACCAGAGAUACUUCAUGUUGGUGGUUGGACUGUAUGCUGCUAACCAAGAUCAGUUCUAUCUGUUGUCAGCCCAUAUCUCUGAAAGGAUCAUUGUAAGGGCCUCUAACCCUGGGCAGUUUGAAAAUGACAGUGAUGCAUUAUGGCAGCGAGGACAAGUUCCAGAAUCUGUUGUUUGUCAUGGUCGAGUAGGAAUAAACACAGAUGCACCAGAUGAAGCCCUGGUUGUCGGUGGCAACAUGAAAGUGAUGGGGACAAUCAUGCAUCCCUCUGACAGCCGGGUGAAGCAGAAUAUCCAGGAGGUUGACACAAAUGAACAGCUGAGAAGAAUAGCACAAAUGAGGAUUGUUGAAUAUGAUUACAAACCUGAAUUUGCAUCUGCAAUGGGAAUAAACACUGCCCAUCAAACAGGAAUGAUUGCCCAGGAGGUGCAAGAGAUCCUGCCCAGAGCCGUAAGAGAGGUUGGUGAUGUCACCUGUGAAAAUGGAGAGAAACUGGAGAAUUUCCUCAUGGUGGAUAAGGACCAGAUCUUCAUGGAAAAUGUAGGAGCUGUGAAGCAGCUCUGCAAACUAACCAACAACCUUGAAGAAAGAAUAGAAGAAUUAGAAAUAUGGAACAGGAAGUUGGCCAGGUUAAAGCGACUCAGUAGUUUCAAGACAUCAGCCAGUGAAGCGAGUUCCAUCAGCAAAUUUAGUAGAGCUGUUAGUACAUCUUCUCCAAGAAGGGCCAUUCCCAAAAAAUCCAACAAGGUUUAUUUUUCAGGAAAAAAACAGUUUUGUCCUAGCUGGGUUUUCCAGACCUUGGUUAUAAUUCUCAUUGCUGUGAUGGCAUUUUGUGCUUUGAUGAUAGUCUCCCUUUACAUACUUAGCUUGAAAGAUCAAGACCAGCGUGUCCCAGAUCUCCCUCCAAGCAAUAUAACAAACUCUCAGGAGGCAACUCUGCCACCCACAGUCUCCCCCUCAGUGCUUCCUACAUCACUGGCAACCACACAGACCUCCUUACAAGUACCUGAAAUUACUUUCUGUGAGAUCCUGCCUUGCCAGGAAACUUACUGCUGCCCCAUCUGGGCAAUGAAGAGUCCUGUGCUGAGACAAUCCCAAGAGGAGAAGAAAAUCCAGCAGAGGCGAGGGGCAGAAGAAAAAAGCAAUUUGUUCCCGGUAAGAGAUGAGCUCAUCCGCUCUGACUGGCAGAGUGACUGGAUUGAUACAACCAUUACUUCUAUUCAGAUUAUAGAAAUCCAGCAAAUAAUAGAUCAUCGGUAUUGCAGUAGAAGCCUUCUGUGCGGACCUGGAAAUUAUAAUUACAAUAUUCCUGUUAAUAAGUACACACCUACCAAUGUCAAAUUCUCUCUGGAAAUCAACACAACAGAGCCAUUGAUAGUCUUCCAGUGCAAAUUUACCCUUGGAAAUAUAUGCUUCAAUAGUAAAAGGGAAACCAAAGGAUUCCAAAACCAAGGAGAAGUCUUCCAGGAGAUGACACAGGGAUACCAGCACAUUUGGAGCCUCCCUGUCGCCCCAUUCUCUGACAGCGCAUACCAUUUCCGUGUGGCUGCACCAGAUCUGGCUGACUGUUCAACAGAUCCUUUUUUUGCUGGGAUAUUCUUCACAGACUACUUUUUUUAUUUCUAUCGACUCUGCGCCUAAUUUUUCAAGUUUGGGGAUUUCACCAAAGAAACAUGCUCAGAAAUUCAGUCAACAGACACAGAGAU